GAAGGCAAAUGUUCCCCCAGCUGUUUCCUGUCUACAGUGUCUGUGUUUUGUAGAUAAAUGUGAGGAUUUUCUCUAAAUCCCUCUUCUGUUUGCUAAAUCUCACUGUCACUGCUAAAUUCAGAGCAGAUAGAGCCUGCGCAAUGGAAUAAAGUCCUCAAAAUUGAAAUGUGACAUUGCUCUCAACAUCUCCCAUCUCUCUGGAUUUCUUUUUGCUUCAUUAUUCCUGCUAACCAAUUCAUUUUCAGACUUUGUACUUCAGAAGCAAUGGGAAAAAUCAGCAGUCUUCCAACCCAAUUAUUUAAGUGCUGCUUUUGUGAUUUCUUGAAGGUGAAGAUGCACACCAUGUCCUCCUCGCAUCUCUUCUACCUGGCACUGUGCCUGCUCACCUUCACCAGCUCCGCCACGGCUGGACCGGAGACGCUCUGCGGGGCUGAGCUGGUGGAUGCUCUUCAGUUCGUGUGUGGAGACAGGGGCUUUUAUUUCAACAAGCCCACAGGGUAUGGCUCCAGCAGUCGGAGGGCACCUCAGACAGGCAUCGUGGAUGAGUGCUGCUUCCGGAGCUGUGAUCUGAGAAGGCUGGAGAUGUAUUGCGCACCCCUCAAGCCUGCCAAGUCAGCCCGCUCUGUCCGUGCCCAGCGCCACACCGACAUGCCCAAGACCCAGAAGUAUCAGCCCCCAUCUACCAACAAGAACACGAAGUCUCAGAGGAGAAGGAAAGGAAGUACAUUUGAAGAACGCAAGUAGAGGGAGUGCAGGAAACAAGAACUACAGAAUGUAGGAAGACCCUCCUGAGGAGUGAAGAGUGACAUGCCACCGCAGGAUCCUUUGCUCUGCACGAGUUACCUGUUAAACUUUGGAACACCUACCAAAAAAUAAGUUUGAUAACAUUUAAAAGAUGGGCGUUUCCCCCAAUGAAAUACACAAGUAAACAUUCCAACAUUGUCUUUAGGAGUGAUUUGCACCUUGCAAAAAUGGUCCUGGAGUUGGUAGAUUGCUGUUGAUCCUUUAUCAAUAAUGUUCUAUAGAAAAGAAAAAAAAUAUAUAUAUAUAUAUAUCUUAGUCCCUGCCUCUCAAGAGCCACAAAUGCAUGGGUGUUGUAUAGAUCCAGUUGCACUAAAUUCCUCUCUGAAUCUUGGCUGCUGGAGCCAUUCAUUCAGCAACCUUGUCUAAGUGGUUUAUGAAUUGUUUCCUUAUUUGCACUUCUUUCUACACAACACGGGCUGUUUGUUUUACAGUGUCUGAUAAUCUUGUUAGUCUAUACCCACCACCUCCCUUCAUAACCUUUAUAUUUGCCGAAUUUGGCCUCCUCAAAAGCAGCAGCAAGUCGUCAAGAAGCACACCAAUUUCUAACCCACAAGAUUCCAUCUGUGGCAUUUGUACCAAAUAUAAGUUGGAUGCAUUUUAUUUUAGACACAAAGCUUUAUUUUUCCACAUCAUGCUUACAAAAAAGAAUAAUGCAAAUAGUUGCAACUUUGAGGCCAAUCAUUUUUAGGCACAUAUUUUAAACAUAGAAAGUUUCUUCAACUCAAAACAGCUCCUUCAAAUGAUGAGUUAAUGUGCAACCUAAUUAGUAACUUUCCUCUUUUUAUUUUUUCCAUAUAGAGCACUAUGUAAAUUUAGCAUAUCAAUUAUACAGGAUAUAUCAAACAGUAUGUAAAACUCUGUUUUUUAGUAUAAUGGUGCUAUUUUGUAGUUUGUUAUAUGAAAGAGUCUGGCCAAAACGGUAAUAGGUGAAAGCAAAACAAUAGGGGAAGCCUGGAGCCAAAGAUGACACAAGGGGAAGGGUACUGAAAACGCCAUCCAUUUGGGAAAGAAGGCAAAGUCCCCCCAAUUAUGCCUUCCAAGAGGAACUUCAGACACAAAAGUCCACUGAUGCAAAUUGGACUGGCAAGUCCAGAGAGGAAACUGUGGAAUGGAAAAAGCAGAAGGCUAGGAAUUUUAGCAGUCCUGGUUUCUUUUUCUCACUGAAGAAACAAACAUCUGCCAGCUGUGUCAUGGACUCACCACUGUGUGACCUUGGGCAAGUCACUUCACCUCUCUGUGCCUCAGUUUCCUCAUCUGCAAAAUGGGGGCAAUAUGUCAUCUACCUACCUCAAAGGGGUGGUAUAAGGUUUAAAAAGAUAAAGAUUCAGAUUUUUUUUACCCUGGGUUGCUGUAAGGGUGCAACAUCAGGGUGCUUGAGUUGCUGAGAUGCAAGGAAUUCUAUAAAUAACCCAUUCAUAGCAUAGCUAGAGAUUGGUGAAUUGAAUGCUCCUGACAUCUCAGUUCUUGUCAGUGAAACUAUCCAAAUAACUGGCCAACUAACUAGUUGUUAAAAGCUAACAGCUCAAUCUCUUUUAAAACACUUUUUAAAAUAUGUGAGAAGCAUGUGAUUUUCAAUUUGAUUUUGAAUUCUGCAUUUGGUUUUAUGAAUACAAAGAUAAGUGAAAAGAGAGAAAGGAAAAGAAAAAAGGAGAAAAACAAAGAGAUUUCUGCCAGUGAAAGGGGAGUUAAUUACUCUAUUUGUUAGCACUCACUGACUCUUCUAUGCAGUUACUAUAUAUCUAGUAAAACCUUGUUUAAUACUAUAAAUAAUAUUCUAUUCAUUUUGAAAAACAUGAUACUUCCUUCUUUUCUAGGCAAUAUAAGGAAAAUGACCCCAAAUUUGAAAUAUUAAAAUAAUAUCUAAUAAAAAGUCACAAAGUUAUCUUCUUUAAAAAACUUUACCCUUAUUCUUAGCUGUAUAUACAUUUUUUUAAAAUUGUGUUAAAACUUGCUUGACUAGAGUUGCCAAUUGAAAGGCAAAAACUUCCAUCAAAACAAGAAAUUUCCCAUGCCUGCUUAGAAGGGUAGCCCCUAGCUCUCUGUGAAUGUGUUUUAUCUAUUUAGCUGAAAAUUGGUAUCAAGAAAGUCCACUGGUUAGUGUACUAGUCCAUCAUAGCCUAGAAAAUGAUCCCCAUCUGUAGAUCAAGAUUUUCUCAUUAGAACAAUGAGUUACCCAACAUUCAGAUCUUUUUAUUCACCUUAGGACUUUUUGGUUAAAAGUACCCAGGCUUAAUUAUUUCAUGCAAAUUGUAUAUUUUACAUUCUUGGAAAGUCUAUAUGAAAAACAAAAAGAACAUCUUCAGUUUUUCUCCCACUGGGUCACCUCAAGGAUCAGAGGCCAGGAAAAAAAAGACUCCCUGGAUCUCUGAAUAUCUGCAAAAAGAAGGCUGCAUUUAGUGGAGCCAGCACUCCUGUUCAGUCAACAAGUAUUUUAACUCUCAGUCUAACAUUAUUUGAAUUGAGCACCUCAAGCAUGCUUAGCAAUAUUCCAAUCACUAUGGACAGAUGUAAAAGAAACUAUACAUCAUUUUUGCCCUCUACCUGUUUUCCAGACAUACAGGUUCUGUGGAAUAAGAUACUGGACUCCUCUUCCCAAGAUGGCACUUCUUUUUAUUUCUUGUCCCCAGUGUGUACCUUUUAAAAUUAUUCCCUCUCAACAAAACUUUAUAGGCAGACUUCUGCAGACUUACGUGUUUUCUGUCAUAGUUAGAUGUGAUCAUUCUGAGACUGUCUAUGACUUAUUUCCUUCACUUAAUUCUAUCCACAGUCAAAAAUCCCCCAAGGAGAAAAGCUGAAAGAUGCAUUGCCAUAUUAUCUUUCUUAACUUUUUCCAACACAUAAUCCUCCCCAACUGGAUCAUAAAUAAAUUGAAAAUAACUCAUUAUACCAAUUCACUAUUUUAUUUUUUAAUGAAUUAACACUAGAAGACAAAUUGAUGCAAACCCUAGAAGUCAGUCGAUUACUGUAUACUCCAGCAGAAUGACUCGGAUUUCAUAGAAAGGAGCAAACAAAAUAUCACAACCCAAAAUUUUACAAGCUUUGCUUCAGAAUUAGAUUGCUUUAUAAUUCUUGAAUGAGGCCAUUUCAAGAUAUUUGUAAAAGAAUGGUAAACAUUGGUAGGAAUGAGCUUUCAACUCAUAGGUUUAUUUCCAAUUUAAUUGACCAUCCUCGAUACUUAGGUCAAAUUUCUGUUCUCUCUUCCCCAAAUAGUAUCAAAGUAUUAUUUGAACUUUUUAAGAUGAGGUGGUUCCCCUGAAAAGUUAAUGCAGCGCCGCAUCAGAAUCCACUCUUCUAGGGAUAUGAAAAUCUCUCAACACCCACCCUACAUACACAGACACAGACGCAGAUACAGACACACACACACACAGACACACACACACAUUCACUCUAAGGAUCCAAUGGGAUACUGAAAAGAAAUCACUUCCUUGGAAAUUUUAUUAAAAAACAAACAAACAAAAGCCUGUCUUCCCUUGAGAAUCCUUCCUGUCCUUGGAACAUCAAUCUUUGUGUAGAUGAAACCAUCUCAUGCUCUAUGGCUCCAGGGUUUCUGUUACUAUUUCAUGCACUUGGGAGAAGGCUUAGAAUAAAAGAUGUAGCACAUUUUGCUUUCCCAUUUAUUGUUUGGCCAGCUAUGCCAAUGUGGUGCUAUUGUUUCUUUAAGAAAGUACUUGACAAAAAAAAAAA